AUGUCGAACGCCGAAGGGGACUCACGUGACUCGCAUGGUGAUGUCACACCUUCCGGCGCACAAUUUUUUUUCUUUGCGUUUUCGGCGCACAAUCGGGAUUUGGAAGACCACGCGCUGUUCAAAAAUGUCUCUCAAAUUACCAAUUUCCCACUUUCUUAUCGUACUUCAAUGUCUCCCGAAGAAGUAAGAGAGUACAACAACAUCUUGGUUGAUGCCCUUAAUGAAGAUGAGGUCGCUUUCUCCAAUGAAUUUUAUGAUUUUGCGCCAGUGCCUGCCACUCCACGCAAUAUGCUCCUUGGUCCCUAUUUUCACUGCUGUAUGCCCAACUCUGUUGUUAAGGUUAUGCGACCGCAACAGAAAGACAUUUGUUUGCUCGAAAAAUACCUUAAUUGGCAAGGUUGGGAUCAACCCAAGCUUAGGAGGGGUUGGCCUACUUCAAGGCCGAAAAAAUGUAACAAGUGGCUUGAUCGAUUGUCAAGCUUGUGCAAUAUGCAAUGGAGAGAGGAGGGCAUCUAUAAUGCAAUCAUGCUUUGUAAGUCCAGUUUAACAUGUGACUAUAAUCUUGUCACAGUCGGUCUUUGUUUUUGGUCACCUUAUACCAAUACUAUGAAGUUAAGAUUUGGGAUGAUGACCCCAACUUUGCUUGAUUUAGCUACCAUGGCGGGUUUUCGACCAUGUGGUGGUGAAGUAAGUACUCUUUCUCCAUCAAAAUAUGAGGUUGAUUUCGGUUUCACUAAGAAGAACAAAAGCUACAAGGUUUUCAUGGAAGCUAAUGCUCAAGAAACAGGGCCACUCACACAUAAAGAACAACUUUUCUCAUGA